AUGAGCGACUUCGACGACUGCGGCAGCCACGGCGCCUCGGGCAUGUAUCUGCCGGGCUGCGCCGCCGCCGCCUACUACGUGUCGCCCUCCGACUUCCCCGGCAAGGCGCCCUUCCUGCCGCAGCCGCCCUCCUGCCAGGUGGCUUUCCCCUACGCCUCCAACCUGCCGGCCCAUGUGCCCCCCAUGCGCGACGUGGCGGCCGCCUUCCGGGAAUGCGGGGCCGGGGCCGGCGGGGCCGGCAAGUGGCCCUACCGGGGCCCCUACGCGCCCUACUACGAGGAGGUGAUGCACGGCCGGGACUUCCUGCCGCCGCCCGCCCGCCGCCCCGACGUGCUCUUCAAGGGCGAGCCGGUGUGCGGAGCCCACCCCGGGGCCGCCGCCGCCGCCGCCGCCUCCAACUUCUACGGCGCCGUGGGCAGGAACGGCAUCCUCCCGCAGGGCUUCGACCAAUUUUACGAGGCUGGACACGCCGCCGCCCCCCCGGGCCCGGAGCAGGCCGGCGCCGAGGGCGACCUCAAGCCCGCCGGAGGGGCCACUUGUGGGAAAGACUCGCCCCUCCCCGGCCUGGAGAAGAAAGCGGCCGGCCAGGGCAGCGCCGAGACCCCCGCCGGGGAGGCCGGGCCGGAGAAGAGCGGCGGCUCAGCAAUCCCCCAGCGAUCCCGGAAAAAGAGGUGCCCUUACACCAAGUAUCAGAUCCGAGAGCUCGAGCGGGAGUUUUUCUUCAACGUGUACAUUAACAAAGAGAAAAGACUGCAGCUAUCCAGGAUGCUCAACCUCACGGAUCGACAAGUGAAAAUCUGGUUCCAAAAUCGACGGAUGAAAGAAAAGAAACUGAACAGAGACCGGCUGCAGUAUUUCACUGGGAACCCCUUGUUUUGA